AUUUAUAGGAUAUCACUUGUCACUGUUUUUUAUUUAUCAUUAUUAUUACGUCAUUUUAUCGCAGGAAGAUCGAAUUGCCUCGCGGUAUUUCUCAGAAAACUCCUCAUCCAAUUUGCAUGCGCGUCGUCUCGCGUCCCUCCCGCGAAAGCAACAAGUUCGACCACGAUCGGGACUCGGGACGUCUCCUCGCGACGUCGGACGUCAUAAGUCUUAUGUAAGUGCCUCCUGUUAGAAUACUAUGAAAUUUUUAUUCCGCGCGUAUUGAAUGAGAAAAUGUGCGUCGCACCUCGUCCUCCCGCUCAUCGUGCGUUAGGGGGAGGCAGAGGGAUAGCGCGAGGGAGGGUAAGUUACGCGUCGACGUAUGAUUUCUCUGGCGCCCCAUGAAACGCGCAUGGCAGUUGGAACGGCGCGUAUUUAAGGGCUGAUCUCCGGCUGUUCUCGCCACUGUCACACGGUUCUCGCCCGAGCCUCUCGCCUCGGUCACCUCACGCGGCGUUCGCCCUCGCACGAUCCUUCGUCCUUCUUCGUCGAGCCGUCAUCCACAUCCACGUCCGCGACACGUCGACGGCGAUCUCUGCAUCUUCUUGUCGUCCACUUCAUCCAUCGCGCGAUUCCCGCACCGUCCCGUUGCCGUUCCGCACGGACGUCUGUCCGAGCCGCCAAGUCAGAGCCUUUGGGGGUCAAUCGCGGAACAUCGGGGGGGUAACUCAUCCCCCGUGCAGUCUCGCGCUUAGACCGACACCGGCUCGCAGCCUGCCGGUGCAGAUAAGGUGCGAUAAAGAGGGGAACGAGCACGACGAAGCCGUAAGGGUCCUCCGUUUUCGCGACGCUGACCAUCUCUCGGCGACUACCUUCUUUGCUACCUUUGCGCUUUCGCCAGCCCAAAAAAUGAUGAGCUCGACGCUGAUGAUCCUCGUGUCCGUGACGACCAUGGCAGUUCUAUCCGGCGAAGCUCUCGCCGCGUUGCCCGCUCAGUGCAACUCGGGAUUUCUCGACGAGCUUCCGCCCAGACUGCGUAAAAUUUGUAUAGCCAUCGCGAGAAUAUGGGACGUCAGGGACAUGAAUGACUUCGUCGACGACAGAGAAUACCGGGAGAACUUGCCGCGAUACGACAGUGGUGUCAAGAGGCAAGACGUUGACCACGUGUUCUUGCGCUUCGGAAAACGACGUUAGAACAAGGCAUCGCACCCCCUCCGCUCUCCCUUCGCAAGCGAUAAAUGAUUCGAGUUAAGUUCUCUUAGGUUCCCAUUCGAUCGUCCUGUCAUCGAAAGACUCGUAGUACCGUCUACCGAAAAUGUAAAAGAAAAAAAGGGGAAGAAAAACAAAGAACGAAAGAACCCGUAAAAGAACCCGCCGAAAGACGAUCGACUCUAAUCUUGUUAACAUUGUUAAUGAUCUAAUAAUUUUUAUUUUCGCGCGCUGUAUCUAAACAGCAUUCAAGAUAUUAAAUUGUUACCCUCGAGCGCCCUCGCGUGAAAGUAAGUAUAUGUAUAUCUGGUUAAAUAUGAAUUUUAAGCGUGUUAGUGCAAUUAGUUCUCUUUGUUCGACAAAAGCGAGAAGUUUAAAGGGACUUUAAUUAGCAAUUAAACGUACAUUAUAUUGCAGCACCUACUAACGGCCAACGUUCCAUUCAUGGAACGAAAAUUUCACGUUACAAGAUAAUUUUGUUACAAGAUAAUUUUGAUGACAUAUAUAAAUAAUCUUCCUCCGAACACUUUAGAUAUUAUCCCGACACGCCUGGAGUACUAAAAACAUAAUCGUGUAACGCUCGGAAAGAGUAAAUUAGAUAGUUACAAAAAUAAAAAUCUCGCGACAUUCUAUCCUUUUUGUUAGUUUUAAAUAAUUUUGCGAGUAACGGCAAAUAUGUCAAAACUGGCUAAAUAUUAAAAGCUCCUUGAAAGUUGAAGUUAUACUUCUGAUUCUAUAUGUUGCGUCACCACAAUUAAAAAGCGUAUCACAAUGAUGCACCACAUUCCAAUCUAUACUGUAUUACACUGUGAAUGUACCAAAUUUAAUCGUCUAUUAAUUAAUCAAUUAAUUAAUCAUUAAUGCACUACUUUAACUAUUAGAUUAUAGGCCAGAUUAACAUCGCCAUUUUACGAAUGUAAGAACGUAGGAACGUUGUGCCGUGUAUCGAUUUUCGCGCGACUACUGUUUCCAAUUAAUAACUCUCAUCUUCGCGUCGCUUGCGAGAUAAUGAUCCUCCAUGUAAUGUCUUGUAAAGAGUGUCGAAAGGUCUACGUGCGCCAUUUGUUUUAUAAAUCCAUCAUUUUGCACCUCGUAACAUAUUAUCAGUGACACGGACAAUUAGGCUGAACGCAAGAUUCAAUUAAAUUAAACGUAAAUUUAAUUUAUUCGAAUUAAUUCCCGGAUCGCGUAUGUCAGUGAUACACUCAAAUUCAUAUUAUACGCGCCCGCAUUCGCUAUUUCAUUUAAUUCCAUUUAUCCAAAUGAGAUUUGCUUGAUUAUAUUUCGGUGUUAUGUGUGCAGAACUUAUAUUCCGGAAUUGGAGAGGGGCGGACUCGUGGCGUUAUUUCACAAAGAUGCAAAUUAACUUUUUCUCGAUAAGAAAACAUUGAAAAGAAAUUACUGCUAUACAUUCGCAACACUUUUCGAAUUUCGAAUUUUUAUUUAAUAUCUCAUUGAAUAUAUUAUCAACGUUGGAUAUAUAAAAAUUCUAUUAAAAUAAAUUAUUCUUGAGCGAUUAAUAAAUCUUCUUUUGAUAGAAAAAUAUCGAAACGAAAUUGCUGCUAUAUAUUCGCAACUUUUCGAAUUUCCAUAUUAUCAGCGACAGGAGGUUUAAAGGUUCUGUUAAGAUAAAUUAUUCUUGUCAUGUGCGAUGAACGAAGUUUUGUAAAUGGCAAUAAAUGGAUCCUUAUUAGCGACUUAUUAUCAGAUCGAUUCUGUGUUUGAUAACGCUACGUGUUUGCCUAUCGGCACGGCCGGGGCAGCUUGUAUAUUCAUUACGAAAAAAGGUACAAAGGUACGAACGAUUGUUGCACAACUGAAUAACAAAUCUUCGAAUUAAAUAAUAAACAGAGGUUAACGAAAAUGUAUGCUCCGCCCUAUAUCUGUCCCGACUCGUUAAAGUGCGCGCGGCACAUUCGACUCCGGCGACUUUCGUGAUCAAUUGAUCGCAAACCUAUGUCCGAAUUAUUUCCCAAAUGUCUCGCCACGUACGUGCCGGAAGUCCCUGUCCUAAGAAAUCACAUUGUUUCCAACGUCUCUACGUCUUACGUCUUACGUCUUACGUCGUCGAACAUAUUCGCAGCUCUUUUAUGGAUGCAUUAUCACUCACGGAACGGACGGAACUGUGUAAGAUAUAUGGCCGAUGCGACGCGUGCUAAUGCACGUAUUUUGCGAGGUAAUAAUAUAUUUAUUAUAUAUAACAGAGAAAUAUAUAUACGCAUAUAAAGUGAUUCUCUCAGAA